AUGGCUCGAGCCCAGCCGCCAGAUCCGCCCUCGCAGACCUCGACCGUCCACACGCUCGUCGACGAGAGCGGCGCCGCGACAAUGUCCGCCUCUGCUCCUCGCGCUCUCGACGAGUCGCCGGCAGCCGCCCCGCUGGACGACCUCCACAAGGCCACCUCGCGCGCCUCGCGCACCUCGCGCCUCGACGUCGUCGACCCGCGGGACGUCGCAGACGAGUGCGCGCCGCCUCACGUCGUCUGGGUCGAGUGGGACGGGCCAGACGAUCCGGCCAACCCGUUCAACUGGAGCAAGCGGCGAAAAUGGAUGAUCAGCAGCGUCGGCAUCGCCUUCUGCUCGGUCGUCUCGAUCUCGGUCUCUGCGUACUCGAUCGCGGCCGUCUCGGUCGAGAACGAGCUGCACACGAGCAAGGAGCUGUCGCUCCUCGGCGUCACGAUGUACACCCUCUCGUUCGGUGCCGCCCCUCUCCUCCUGGCGCCACUCUCCGAGGUGUACGGCCGCUCGAGCAUCUACCUCGGGUCGGCCAUCGUCUUUGCCCUCUUCUUCAUCCCGCAAGCCCUCGCGCCCAACAUCGCGACCAUGCUCGUCGCGCGCUUCAUCAGCGGGUGCGCCGGCUCGACCGCCGUGUCGCUCGUCGGCGGCACCAUCGCCGACGUCUGGCGCGCCGACGAGCGAGGGACGCCGAUGGCCUUGUUCAGCUUUGCGGCGUUCGGCGCAACCGGUAUCGGCCCCGUCGUGUUCGGCUACCUCGCCCAGAUCAAGGGCUUCCGCGCCGUCAGCUGGGUCCUGUUCGCCAUGUCGGCCGCGUUCGCCGCCGUCCUCCCGCUCCUCCUCAAGGAGACGCGCGCGUCGGUCCUCCUCUCGCGCAAGGCCGCCAGGCUGCGCAAAGAGACGGGCGAGGAGCGGUACGUGUCGCGCGACGACUUUGAGCGGGGGAGCAUCCGGCAGAUGAUGAGGACGAGCCUCGGUCGGCCGGUCAAGAUGCUCCUGCACGAGCCUGUCCUCAUCGCCAUGACGGCGUUCAUCUCUUUCGCCUGGGGCGUCCUCUACCUGUUCCUCGUCUCGAUCCCCUACGUCUUCACCAAGGUCUACGGCUUCAGCACGGGCGAGGCCGGCCUCAUCUACAUCACCCAGUUCCUCGGCGGCAUCAUCGGCAUCGUCGUCGACCGGUACUGCCAGCGGCUCUACCACGCCAACGUCGCCAAGCGCGGGCCCGAGGCUCGCCUGUACACGGCGUUCGUCGGCGGCGUCUGCGUCCCCGUCGGCGCCUUCAUCUUCUGCUUCACCUCCUACUCCUUCGUGCACUGGAUGGCGCCGACGAUCGGCAUCACGAUCCUCUACUGGGGCUUGUACCUGAUUUACUUGUCUGCGUUUAACUACGUCGCCGAGGCCUACACGCUAUACGCGUCGUCGGCCCUGUCGGCCAUGUCGUUCGUCCGCAACAUCGUCGGCGCCGUCUUUCCUCUCUUCACGAGCCAGAUGUUCGAGACGCUCGGGAUUCGAGGCGCCUCGGGCCUGACGGCGGGGCUCGGGACCCUCGUCAGCGUCAUCCCGUUCGUCCUCUUUGCCUACGGCGCCCGGCUUCGAGCGCGCUCGCCGUUCGCGCAGGAGCUCCUUCGACGAGCCGAGGAGGAGGAGCGGCGGACGAGGCUCGGCGAGCAGAGCCGGCGGCCGAGCAGGGCGCCGAGCAAGGAGAGGAGCGACGUCGACAAGGAGGGAGCGGCCGAACUCGCAGCUUGACGCUCGUUGGACGAGGCGCAGACGCACAGACUCUCUCUCUCUCCCACGCUGUUUACCCCCUCCUCGGUGUAUCGAUACCUCCUACUUCUUCCUGUCGCUAUUGCAUCGUCGCAUGUCGUUCUCGCCUUC